CUGUCCAAGUACUACGGCCAUGCCGACUUCAGGCCCGGGCAGCUCGAGGUGGUCGCCGCGACCGUCCAGGGCAGGGACUCGUGCGUGUACUGGUCCACGGGGUCGGGCAAGUCUCUGUGUUACCAGCUUCCCGCUCUACACACCGGCAAGACCUCGUUGGUGGUAUCGCCGCUCAUAUCACUCAUGAACGACCAGGUGACGCACAUGAACAACACCGCCGGCGCAGACGAAGGGGAUCUCGCUGCGUUCCUGGGUUCCUCGCAGACUGACAAGUCCGUGGAGGAGCGAGCACUCCGAGGCGAUUUCAGGGUGGUGUACGUGACCCCGGAGAAGCUCGUGGGCGACAUCGAUGAUAUGGCAAGGGACGGUAAGCUGGGUCUGGUCGCAGUUGACGAGGCGCACUGCCUGUCGCAGUGGGGCCACGACUUUCGCAAGUCGUACCGGGGCCUGACGCUGAUCCGAACGCAGCUGUCGCCCAACGGGGAGGUUCCCGUCAUGGCGCUCACUGCGACUGCAGUGGAGAAGGUACGUGAAGACAUCAAGGACGUGCUGGCUCUGAAGCGACCGCACGUCGCCCGGAACAGCUGCGACAGGACCAACCUUCGCAUCCUCGUGAGCAAGAAGCGGGGCGGAGCUGCGGACCACCUACACAUCUACGAGAGGUGCCGCGACGCGAAAGGGUCGGUAGUUGUUUACUGCGUCACCAAGCGAGACGCGGAGGAUAUCGCCACCGUGCUCAAAAAUAAGUUCGCGACCCAGAACAUCGCCGCUGGCGUCGAGGUUUACCACGCCGGACUGGCCAUGUCGAGGAGGGACGCGACGCAUAAGGGUUUCCUGACCGGCAGCGUCAAGGUCGUGGUCGCCACCGUGGCGUUCGGCAUGGGCAUUGAUAAGCCGGACAUCCGGUUAGUCAUGCACUACGGCGCGCCUAAGACGAUGGAGGAAUACUACCAGCAGGUUGGCCGCGCAGGUCGAGACGGGCUGCCGUCCGACGUUGAGAUGAUCUACGGGGACGGGGACUUUUCGAGAUACAGCGACGAGUUUUACGUGGGCAAGCUGGACGCCGCGGCGAGGAAAACCCAGAAGGAGAGCACCGACGCGCUCGAACGAUUCUCAAGGUCGCGGGAGGUGUGCAGGCGCGCGAGUAUCCUGGCCCACUUCGGCGAGAGC